CCAUCAUACACCGUCACAGACUGCCAUGGUACAGUGACACCAUGUUUUGUCUGAGGGUUGAUGUGCUGACUCCUCCCUCUGCAAAUAACCACAGAAGAAGAAGAGGAGGAAGAUGGCGCCGGUGUCAGGCAGACGAGGGGCGGAGCUAUCUCUGGACGACUGCCGCUGUCCAGUCUGUCUGGAGAUCUUCAUGGAGCCGGUGACUCUGCCCUGCACACACACCUUCUGCAAGGUAUCACACGUCCCCCUUACCUCCCAGGAGUGCUUCCUGGAGUCGGUGGAUAAGGCUACGCUGUGCUGCCCGCUCUGCAGGAAGAGAGUGUCCACGUGGGCUCGCCAGAACAGCCGGAACAAUACGCUGGUCAACCAGAAGCUGUGGACUCACAUCCAGACCAGCUUUCCUCUGCAGUGUCAGCGCCGCCAAAACGGGCAGGACGCCAUCGCCGAGGAUGACCCUGCAGUCUCAGUGAGUUUUCCCAGGGUCAGUCAGCCUGGAGAGCUGAAGAGAGAAUACGAGGACCAGGUCACCAAACUAACGGAGGAGAGGAGGGCGCUGGACGAGGCGGAGAGGAGGGCCAGUGAGGAGUACAUCCAGAGACUGCUGCAGGAGGAGGAGGAGCUGCUGCAGGUGGAGAGGAGGAGGCGUGAAGACGACGAGAGGCUGGCCAGACUGCUGAGCAACCAGCUGAACUCUGCUCCUGUCGCUCCUCCUGACGUCACUCCAACACACAAGAAGAAGAAGAAGGAGGUCAGCGGAGGACACAUGGAGAGGUUCUUGUGUCCUCUCCCGUCCAGCAGCAGCUCGUCCUCAGACUGCAGUUUUGUGGCCAACAAGGAGAACAUCCUGGUCUCUGCUGAGGAGCUGCAGAAGGAGCCUGCCCUCCCUGAGCUGGAUUAUUAUGGCCUUCAGACAGACAGAUCACCACCUCCUUCAGUUGCCGAGGAGGACCAGCUCCACCCUGGGACUCUCAAGAGGAAGAGUUCAGAGCUGUAUGCCACAGAGGACAAGGAGGUGUCUGUCUCCAAACAGGGCUGUCCCUCCUCUCUGGAGGUGGUCACUGAGUGGGAGGUGGAGCUUCUUAGGAGAAGACAGCAGGAGGAGGAGGACCGGCGGCUGGCUCUGCUCCUGCAGAAGGAGCUGGACCAGGAGGAGAAGCUGAGAGCCACCGACCGAAGCAAAGGAUCCUCUGACCCAUACCUGCUCCGCCAGACCAGCAGAGGGAGGGAGGAGACCGCCAGCUCCGACUCCUCCAGGAGCACCUCCACAAACACUACGAGUGCCUCCAGCACCUCCACAAGCACUUCAAAGACCUCCACCCCUUCGUCCACAAAGACCUCCUCCUCUAUGAAGACCUCCUCUUCUACAAGAACCCCCUCUUCUGCAAAGAAGUCCUCGUCUUCAACCCCGUCCUCCAGAGGCAGAAAACAGGCCACUCUGACCGAGAUGUUCUCCAGCCUGAGCAGCUGAACCCCUGUCUCCUCCUGUGUCCCCCUUUGUGUCUCCUUCUGUCUCCUCCUGUCUCCCUCUGUGUCUCUUUCUGGGUUCCAGAGUCUCAGGUGUCUUUU